UUAUUUAAUCAAAACAAAUAGAUGAGAAGAUAUAUAAACUCUCUUGAUUUUGGAGCUGUUCGAGAACUGACCUAUCCCUGCAAAGUCCUGCAAGUGGUGUGAACCACAGCUUCUCAUAACCUUCAUCCAUUACAUCGCCAGAAUUGGUGUUCUCGCAGUUAUUGAAAUGGAAGAUUCAAUUGAACUGAUCCUUCAGGACUUCACUGGGGUUUUUCCCACCAACAGAUCACACCCCAUUGUAUCUGCCUGUACUGGCGCUUUGCUCACAGGCCUGUAUGGAUUAUGGAGCGUCUUCACCAUGCCUGGCUUUCACAAAAUCCCAUGGAGCCUUAAGGUACAACAUAUCUUUUUCUUUUCUUGAUUUUCCCUUUAAACCAGGGGUCUACAACCUUUUCCAAUGGUAAAAAGUCUGUGCAUGGACACCCCUUAUAUGUCAGUUGGGUAUGGGAGUAAGCUGCUCACAAUAUAAAUGGUUGGUGAGGAUAGAUACCAACCACAUUAUAGUGUCCAAGCCAAUUGGGGGCUAAUGGGUGGGUGUUGCAUGUUGAAGACCUCUGCUUUAAAUGAUUAAACCCUGUAAGCUUGAAAUGAUAAGAACAAAAAUUAAGCCAAGAUACAUACUGACUUGUUGAUUAAUAAUAAUUUGCUUACUUUGGAGCGAAGUUCUCCAUGCUAGCAUCAUAUGUGGGAAAAGAAGAAGCUGGUUCCUUAUUUGCCCUCCAGUAAAGCUCAGACACAAAAUGUUAUGAAGCUGCUUGAGGGGAGAAGAGGUCGCCUAGCAGAUUUGGGAGCUGGAGAUGGAAGAUUGGUAUUUGCAGCCUCUUCUGCUGGUUUUCAGUGCACAGGGUUUGAGAUCAAUUCAAUUUUAGUGGCGUAUGCGAGGAGCAAGGCCCGCUUGAGAGGAAUCCCCUUAACCCAGGCAACCUUUGUGAAAAACGACUUCUGGAAGACGGAUCUGUCUUCAUACAACAAUGUGACAGCUUUCCUUGCUCCAGGAGUGAUGGAGCUGCUGGGAGAGAAGCUGCUGAAAGAGCUUCCUCAGGAUGCGCUGGUCAUUUCUUGCCGUUUUCCUUUCCCCAACUGGCCUCAGAAAUCAGCUGUCGGCUUUGGACUAGAACAGACCUUUGCUUAUGAUAUCAGUACUGUGCGCUCCCACUUGAAAAUCUCACAGAAGACUGACAUGAAAUAAGUCUCAGUCUCUUUUCAGCCCUGAACUAAAUCAUCUUUGCCCAAUUGUUUUUUGAAAGAGGAAUGAAGAACCCUGAAUAAUGAUGCUUUAAAGAGUGUGACAUAUGACCUAACAUAAGGAUGUCUGUAAUGAUGAGAGCACAAACAGCUAUUCGGUAUUUGCACUUUCAUAAUAUAUAUCUGAUAAGUAUUUAUAAGAACUAUUAAUUAUGAUAUUAACACUACAAAAAAUAUUGAUUUAAAAAUGCAAAAUUUGAUAAUAAUGUUUAAUUUAUAAUUGCCUUCUAAGUCACAAAUACAACUGUACAUUAAAUUGAAUGAAAAAAAAUUAAGUGCAAUAAAAUACAGAGUAUAAUUACUUGAACGAGUGAGUUUUAAGUCUUGAGUUAAACCGAGUUAAUAAUAUAGAUGUCUGGUUGGUGAGGGUUCCUGAU